AUGGCGACCACCACCGUCACCGUCACCAAGGGGCGGUCCAAGAACGAUAACCUCCCACCAGAGAACGAGCGCUUCCUACGAUGCUGCGCAGAUGUCGCCAACGCCCUUAUCGAAGACCACGAGGCUAUCAGGGACCCCAAGAACCCGCCAAAGGACCUCAACCUCAAUUCUUUACGCAACAACCAUUAUUGCUGCGAUCCCUGA